AAAUUUUCAAAAUGACACUCAUCAUAUCGUGGAUCUUCAUUCUCGGACUAAUCGUACCGGAUCUAUCGUCGAGUCUGCUGCACUGUCCGCACCGGUGUCACUGUGAUGAUGAAAAAUUGGACGUCAACUGUGAGGAAGGCCAUCUGGACGUACUACCGAUCGCGCUCAAUCCGUCCAUCCAGCGACUGGUGAUCAAAAACAACAAGAUCCGCAUCAUUGACUCCUCGAUACAGUUCUACUCGGAGCUAACGUUGCUCGAUCUUAGCUUCAACUAUUUGUUCAACAUUCCGGAUCGUACCUUUGGACAUCAGCGAAAAUUGCAACAGUUGCAUCUGAACCAUAACAAGAUCAGCACUAUCUCGAACCGAACCUUUGUCGGAUUGGGUGAGCUAUUAGUGCUGAAUUUGCGGGGCAAUCUGAUCGAUCAGAUCGAUGCCCUUACCUUCACACCGUUGGCAAAAUUGGAGGAGCUAAACCUCGGUCAGAAUCGAAUCGCUAGCGUUGGAUUGUCCGUCAGUUCGUUUGUGGGAAUCGGUGAUCUGAAGAUUCUUCUGCUGGACGACAAUCUGCUGAGUGUGAUUCCAUCGGCAGAAACGUUCAAGCCCAUCGAUAAGCUGGCGGAAUUGUACAUCGGCACAAACUCGCUCCUCACCGUUGAGGAUGGAGCGUUUGCGGUGCUUUCGGAGCUUACGCUGCUGGAUCUACGAAGCAGCUUGCUGCCAAACGUGUCGGAAGGUACGUUCAGUGGCAUCGAAAACCUGAAGUCACUGAAUCUAGCUGAUAAUCGAUUCGUGCAUGUCCCGUCAUCAGCACUCGCUGCGCUGCGCCGUCUGGAAGAGCUGGAAAUCGGACAGAAUCACUUCGAAUCAGUACCGGCUCACGCAUUUCGUGGACUCCCGAAUCUGAAGCGCUUCGAGCUGAAGGGAUCUCUGUACUUGCGACGUAUCGAGCGAGCUGCCUUUCAAACAAACACGAACCUAGAAUCGAUAGUGAUCGAAUCGAACAAGGCACUUACCGUGCUGGAGGAAGCAACAUUCGCUGGUUUGCUUUACUUAAAGCAUUUAAGCUUGCGGAACAAUGGGCUGGAGCGACUGGACGAAGGUAUGCUGUCGUGGAACAGUCUUCGCACGGUAGACAUCUCCGAUAAUCCGAUCAACUGCGAUUGCUACUACUCGAAACUGCUGCAACGGCUGCAGUCAGCCUCUCGCGUCAGUUACAAUGCAACGGGCUGUCCACAUCACCUGCCCGAUCAGUGGGAGUGCGAGUACAUGCUGGAGAAGAACAAGAAUCUUAUCUCGGUUGUCGUGCCGCUGGUAGCGAUCGUCACAGCGAUUGCGUUGGCGUUCUAUCGAUUCCGCGGUCUGCUGCGUGAGUAUGUGAAGAAUGGGUGCAAGAGUAAGGCAGCGGCGAGUGCAACGCCGGCCGGACCGGCCGGCAUGCCUGUGCUGCCUCCGAUAGGCCGGUCGGAGCUAUCGACUGUGGUGGACUACGAGAAGACACUCACCGAUGAUGACUACGUUAUACGAUCUAGCAACCUGUACCAUGGUGGCGUUGGGCAGCCAAUUCUGAACGGAUACCCGCUGUAUCUGCAGCAGAACCCGAGCGUUUACUACAACAAGCCGCUACCGAUUACCGAGUUAUAGUAUUGAAGGUUGGAGGAAUGCGACGCUAGCGUGUAAGUUGGUUCUCGCUACCGGU